CGACCAGCAGUUGAGCUGCAGGUUCGUUGUAGUACAAAUCAAUUGCCCUUGCCCGAAGCUCUCCUAUUUCCUACCCGUUUCCCCCUCUUUGCCUGAUCCUCGAAAUACUGCUAGGAGGGCUUUGCCUCCCUACGCCAUACAACGGAUCAUGCAUCUCCUCACCCCAGAGGGCAUACUCGUGGAGUCUUGCCUUAGGAUCUUGAACCUAGCAAACAGCACUUCGGCUCAUUUGACGGAAUAUAGCGGCGACAAUUUGUACAAGAACCCUUCCUUUGGUGAUUUUGUCGACGUCUUCCUCAGACUCCGCAAGAUUGUGCGAGAAAUUCAGGAUGGAGUGUCUCGGGAGGCAGCUCACGAAGGGAGACUUCCCCGCCAGCUCGUGGAGGAGCUGGUGGCAAGAAUGGACCGCACUGCCCAGAGUCUGAUCUCGGCAGACCUGGCACUCAUAAAGUUGAUCAUGCACCGCAAGAAGAAAGGAAUUCGAAAGAUGAUUCAGGGGCUUAAAUCGAAUUCAUUUGACAACGACAUGUCCAAAUUGAGCAGGUCCCUUUCGCAAGACUACGAUGCAAUGAGAAUCGGUUGGCUCGCGCUGAGCGAGAGUCUGGAGCAACCGGGUCCUAUAGGCACGGAGAAGCUUCCCACAGUCCAGAGCAGUGUCACGGAAUGGAAACCGAAUGCGAGCAAUGUCUCUAGCCCUGCAACUUUGAGAUACUCUCGGGACGAUACCCAAGCGGUACAUGCACAUCAAACGGAUCAAAUCUUCAACGAUAUGUCAUCCGUUGGGUCGAUCCGCAGGGAACAAGGAGUCUUGCCUCCGGGGUUACUUGCCACUGGAAAGGACAAUAAACUGAUUGUGGCUUCAAGAGAUGGUGCAACGGCGAGUGAACACAGCCUGAUAGCGCACUCUCCAAGACAAGCGGUGCAAGAGCCGAAUGGACUUGUACUAACCCCAGAGAGAGGCAAACUGUUACCAGCUCAACCUAUCGUCGGCCAUGCCUUCAUCACAGAUUCGGGGUCGCCAAUGACCCUAGGCGGAGUCGAUCUAGUCUCUGCAGUCCGCCGAAAGGAUCACCAGAACUUGAAACAUGCGCUUGAAAAGGGUGUUCUGAGCGCAGAUCUUGACCGACUCGAUCUGCUGUCCCAAGCAGUGCAGGGCGAAGAUAUUUUAUGCACCAAGCUUUUGCUGACUCACGGGGCCACCGUCGAUCAUAUCGAUCAGAACGGAUUUUCGAUCAUUCUCCUCGCCACGGCGACUUUAUCUGUUGAAUUGACUCGCCAAUUACUGGACCAUGGCGCGUCGCCCGACUUUGGGGCAACAUCCGCUCGAUUGUCACCGUUAGUCCUAGCCGCACUGAACGGGCAAAAUGCAAUUGUGGAACUGCUGUUGAGCCACGGGAGCAAUGCCAAUGCACUUCUCGCGGAUGGCGAAACUCCUUUCAUCGCAUGCAUCCGGAGUGGCGUGAACAUAGACAUUGUCAAGACGAUUUUGGAUUCAGGAGCCGCACCAGAUGGCAAGACAAGCGAUGGCAAGACGCCUCUAGUUGAGGCAAUUAUAUCGCGACGAUUGGACAUUGUCACUGCCCUGCUCGACAAAGGUGCAUCUCCAAACCUUGCCGGUCCUAAGCACCCGCUAUGGCAAGCGACAUAUUAUCCACCAGCCCUCAAACUACUGCUCUCUCGCGGUGCAAAGCCAAAAAUGGCAACUGGAAUCAUGGAACUAGCCGCCAGCAUCAACAACAUUGAGUCCAUUAAAAUCCUCCUUGCAGCUGGAGAGAGUCCUAACCAGAGGAAGGACGGGCUCUACACCCCAUUGUGCUCUGCUAUACGUGACAACCGAGGCGAUAUUGUGGCUCUGUUGUUGGAGCACAACGCCGAUCCCAACCUUGCGGCCUCAGAGUAUCCAGCCUGGAAAUGCAUCUCACAUGGGCGCUUCCAUCUUCUACCAUCGAUUGUUGCCAAGGGAGCGAAUCUCCUCGAGCCAGCAGGGAUCUUGGAGUUGGCAGUCGCACACAACAACUUGGAAGCAAUGUCUUAUCUUCUAGAGAAGGGAAUUGACGUUAACGCCCACAACGCCAAGGGCCAAACACCCCUAACCACAGCCAUUCGGGAAAACCUUCUCAGAUGCGUGGAUCUACUUCUGAAACACGGAGCUGAUGUGCUUCUUCGAGGAGAGGACUGGCCGUUGUGCAUGGCAGUGUCAAAACCUGCCAUUCUGAGGUGUCUGCUACGAAAGUUGAAUGAUACCAGCCGUGUCACUAAGGGAGUUAUGGAACUGGCAGUGCGAGCCGGGCAGCUGGACAGUGUCAAGCUCUUAUAUAAGGCGGGAAUCAGCGUCGAGGACAAAUCUGGAGGAGUCUUCUCACCUCUGACUUCGGCGGUUCGGGACAAUCACAAAGCGAUCGUUCGUUUCCUGCUUGAAGAAGCAGGAGCCGAUGUCAACGAACCGGGCGAGCAUUUGCCGCUCGUCAAAGCCAUUCGACAGAGCUCUGGAUCAAACGACACAGAGACGAUUCAGUUGCUUCUCGAGUCUGGUGCCGAUGUCAAUUUGAUGUAUCGAGGAUGGAAUGCCGUGAUGCAAGCAAUUGAGAAGGGAAAUCCCGAGCUAUUGCGAUUGUUGAUCGACAAGGGCAACGGGAUUGAUUUGCAGACAAUCGACCCCGAGUCAGGAAAGAAAGUGAUUGACAUUGUCCGGGAUCGUGGCUGGUCGGAAGGAAUUGAGAUGCUGAUGGAAUGUCAACACCAGGUCCGCAUGAUCACGUCGACUACGGAUUAAUGCAGAAAGGAUUUCUUUUGUCAUUGAUUGGAGGAUUUCUCUAUGUUGUGAGGGGUCUUUGCUGUUGUUUUCGCGAAGGAUCUCUAACGACACUGGGUUUCUGUAACAGCCUGUUUGAUUAGAGGCGAGAGUCUGUGAAAAGUGAAAAACUCUGCUCUGACAUGGGUUCGAGUCUAUUCCUCUGAUUUGUAUAGAGCAGGAAGUUGGUCAGGUUGUUGCCUGGCUAUUGUUUGCAGUAUAUCAAGCCUUUGAUGUAACUUCCAAA